AUGAGGUUCUCACUCGCUACGCUUGCUCUUCCUGUUGCGGUCCAGGCCGCCCAUUUCUCCAAAUCCGAGUAUGCGUCUGGAGCAGUUCAUCAAAAGCUGAUGAAGCUGAAGGCGGACCAAUGGGAAAACGAUGCAGCUCAGGGUAAACAGGAUCCUCUUCAGUGGAAGUCAUGGAAGGCCAUGAAGGGUGCCAAUGCCACAAGUGUGCCUUGCAAGGACGGCCUUGCUGUAGUUGAAGCAGGCAAUGCAAACCAGACCUUUCGCUGUAAAAAUAUGGACUUUUACGACUUCCUCAGCCAUGCCGACAUGGGUGGCCCUGAAGGUCGGGGAAGCUCUUCUUGGGGCUGGAGGGCUGCAAACGGCCGCGAGUUUGCCAUUGUGGGCCAGUUCUCCGGUGCUGCAUUCGUCGAGAUCCUCAAGGAUGGCCAGAUGCAGUACGUGGGCCGUCUUCCAGCGCAGAGCGAGGGUGCGCGAUGGCGCGAGAUUCGAGUCCUCAAUGACUAUGUCAUUAUCGGCAGUGAGGCUGUCGGUCACAACGUUCAGAUCUUUGACAUGAAGAAGCUAUUGGACGUUGAUCCUGCCACGCCCAAGACAUUCGACCCCAAAACUGACCUGGUUGGAUUGUUCAGCGACCUGCCCAUUGGCCGCACUCACAACGUAGUUGUCGACUGGGACAACGAAUACAUUCUGGCUGUUGGCGCCCAGCCCCGCAACCAGACAUGCAAGGCCGGUCUUCAGUACAUUGACCUCUCCAACCCUAGCAAGCCCAGCUCUCCAGGAUGUUCUAGCCAGGACGGCUACGUUCAUGACGCUCAGUGCGUCACUUACAAUGGACCCGACCGCAGAUACCGUGGCCGCAACAUUUGCAUUGGCUACAACGAGGACACGAUGACUGUAUACGAUUCAACAAGCAAGGAUGGCAAUCCUGCCUCUGAAAUCUUAUCCACCCUCUCGUACCCGGGAGCGACAUACUGCCACCAGGGCUGGUGGACCGAGAGCAACUGGCAUCAGUACGUGCUGCUGAACGAUGAGCUCGAUGAAGUGGAGAAGGUUGGACCGGGUGCUUCGGGUCGCCCAGUUACCCACAUUGUUGACCUUACGGAUCUGCGCAACCCAAAGGCCACGGGAACAUUUUUUGCCACGGACCAGAAGGCAAUUGACCACAACCUGUACAUUGUGGACGGUCUGGCUUACCAGAGCAACUAUGGCGCUGGUAUCUGGGUUCAUGAUGUCAGCUCCAUCAGCAAGGACUCGACGGGCAAGGAUGUCACUGUCGAGGGCUUUUUCGACAUCUAUCCCGAGGAUGACGCUCAGGGUGGCGUGGUCGAGUUUGUGGGCACAUGGUCGCACUUUCUGUUCCCAUCAGGAUACAUCCUCGUCAACACGAUUGAGCGCGGUGCAUUCACCGUCAAGCUUGCAAGCGGACGUGGAGCUCAGCCUGGGCCUGGCCACGGCGGAAAGUCGACAGGAAGAGGCCGGGCGCGUUUUUAA